AUGGUGAGCUCACGACGAUGGACAAGGAGGAAACUGUGCAGAAAGCCCAAAGAAGAAGCAAAGAAGAAGCAAAGAACUGACUUGCACAAGAAGAUUCAGGGCCGCUGGCGAGUCGAGUGGCCAAAGAUUCGGAUUUCAGAAUACUUGUUAUUUCGUUCUACUUAG